AUGGCAUAUGCAGGGCAGUCUGCCGUGCCCAAGAUACCCAGCGAGAGUACCGGGGCCAAGUGGGAGGAUCUGCGACGAGAGGCCCGGAAGAUCGAGGGGGAGUUGGACAUAAAGCUGGCUGCCUAUGGAAAGCUGUGCACCAGCUUCGAGUACGGAUACACCCGUGGGGAGAGUGGGAUCGCAGCGGACCAGCUCCUGCAAUCCAAGGCCAGCGACAUAGAGCGCUUGCUGUCACGGCUGUCUGACACCAACGAGUCUAUGCAGCGGAGCAUCGGGGGCGGGCCAGACGCGCGAUCGCACACCCUGGCGCGGCACCGCGACAUCCUCCACGACUACCAGCAGGAGUUCCGGCGGCAUGCCAGCGUGGCCGGGUCGGCCCGCGACCGCGCUGACCUCCUGGGCGCCGCUGGCACCUCCGGCAGCGCGUCAGCCUCCGGCCUGGGCGCGCCCGGCUCCUCGAUGGGCCUCCUCCUGCGCGAGCGCGGCAUGGUGGCCAGCAGCCACGCCGCGCUGGACGACGUGAUGGGCACUGCCCACGGCGUCGCCGCGGGGCUGGGCCAGCAGCGGGAGGUGUUCGAGGGCGUGUCAGGCAAGCUGGGCUCUGUGGGCGCCGCCUUUCCCGUGGUCAACACCCUCCUCAACGCCAUUCGCCGCAAGAAGAACAAGGACAACCUCAUACUGGGCAGCGUGGUGGCUGUGUGCCUGCUUUUCAUCCUGAUCUACUGGGUCAACAAGUAG